AUGGCCCCUCACAUGCGGCGGGCUUCGCAGGGCUGCAGCCAGGCUGAGCCUGCUCGUUCCGCGUCCAUGUCUGGGUCCCCGCCAAAAGGAAACCGCCACUCCGACUCCGCCGUCUCCAACCUCGAGCCCACCACAGCUCGGCUCGACCCCGUCAACCCAGCACUCGGCUUCAUCUCAAUAUCCGCACCGCGCCGCAACGCAACGCACCGCACCGCACCGCACUCAUCCUCCACAACACCGUCCCAGGCUCCGUCCAGUCCUCCAGCCAUGGCAUCAAGCACCUCCCCAGCCGCUUCCCUCCUCAAGCGCCAGCUCAAGGACAUCCAAACGGGCAAAGACCUGCCCGGCAUCUCGUGCGGUCUCGCCAACGACUGCAACAUGUUCGAGUGGGAGGUGAUGCUCAUGAUCAACGACGACUGCAAGUACUACGGCGCACCCCUCGACCCCCUCGACACCCUCGACAUUCUGGCUAACGCCCUCGUUUCUGCAGGAGGCAACUUCCGAGCCCGCAUGGUCUUCCCUCUAACAUACCCGCACAUGCCGCCGUCUCUGACGUUCCAGGCCCCCAUCCCCUUCCACCCCAACAUCUACGAGAACGGCAACCUCUGCAUUUCCAUCCUCCAUCCUCCCGAGGACGACGAAUACGGCUACGAAACCGCCGCCGAGCGAUGGAGUCCUGUCCAGUCCCCGGAAACCAUCCUCCUCAGCACCAUCAGCCUGUUUCAUAGCCCCAACGACGAGAGCCCCGCGAACGUGGAGGCCGCGAGGCUGCUGCGCGAGGAGAGGGAAGGGAAGCACAAGGACUUCAGGAAGAGGUGCCGAAAGUGUGUCCGCGAGAGCUUGGGGGAAGAUUGA